AAAACUAGUGGUUAGAUUUAGUUUAGGUAGUCACUGCGCCUUUAAUAUUUGUCAGGACUGUAUGGGUUGUUUUAUGGACUCCUUGAUUGAAUAAUGUUUAUGUAGUUAAAUACCAAAGGCAUUUAGGGAGUCAGUAGCUGAGCGAAUAUUCCAGCAAAAAUAAUCCUCAGAGAGCUCAAUACCGAGAGCAUAUGGUCACUGGAGAGCAGUCUUGACAUUUCUCAUGGACUCAUACACACCAAGGUGCACUCGAUCACUAUCCACUCUUUCUAUUGGAUUAUGGAUUUAUUUCACAUGUGCGAUAGUCAUGCGCUCAGCAUGUCUUUUCUUCUGCAAGAUGUUUCACCGAGUGUCUUUUCCUGUUUAACUUGACAAUUACAAGCAACGACCCCGAGAGCUGCCAUUCUGUUCGCGUUUAUAUCUACAUCAACGAAAUGAGUAGGAACUUGCUCUUUUAGCAGCUGGCAUUUUCUCAAAAACACUGUGAGGGCAGAUGAGGGCGAAACUUUUGUGUUGCUGUUUCCACGCGUGACAAUCCCACAAGGACAUAAAGGAGUAAUUAUGCCCUUAAGAAAACGAGACACAGCCAGGGCAUUAUGCCUCCUGGAGGACUACUGCUCCAAACUGAAGAAACCAGAGGAACAACAGCUCAAAACUUCCAUCUUAAGAAUCAUGGGCAUUUUCAAAAGCAGUCUUUUCCAGGCUCUCAUAGAUAUCCAGGAGAUUUAUGAACUGACCCUGCUGAACUCUCAGAAGAGCUGUGAGGAGAAGCUGGUAGAGGUGAAUCAUAUGGCUGAGCAGUGGGAACACACUGCCACUAACUCAACCUCACCCACAGAGGGUCUGCAGCCAGCCUCCACACCGCCAGAGCUGAGAGAAGAGAGUCACAUGGAGCUGACAAUAGAGGAGCCUGCCAAAGGAAGUACAAAUACAGAGAACAGGCCUCCGGCAGUACAGGGCUCCCAGCACCAAAGCCAAUCUCCAACAUGUAUGAACCCAGCCCUGAUGAGCUCCCCCUGGUACCGGUAUCAGGAUGAAGAUUCCCCAUCUCCGGAACAUGGCUUCCCGCGGCUCACCAAUGAAGUUCGAGCGCCGGAGCUGGUGCACGUAUCGGAGAAGAACCUCUCCGAAAUUGAGAAUGUGCAUGGCUACGUUUCCCACUCUCACAUUUCACCACUUAAGGCAAGUCCUGCUCCAAUUAUUGUCAACACGGACACUUUGGAAUCUGUACCAUACGUAAAUGGGACAGAAAUUGAAUAUGAAUUUGAAGAGAUUACAUUAGAGCGGGGUAACUCAGGGCUGGGGUUCAGUAUAGCAGGUGGUACAGAUAACCCUCACAUCGGUGAUGAUCCUGGGAUCUUCAUCACAAAGAUCAUCCCUGGAGGAGCGGCGGCUGAAGAUGGCAGACUCAGAGUGAAUGACUGUAUUUUGCGUGUGAACGAGGCAGAUGUCUCGGAGGUGUCUCACAGUAAGGCGGUGGAGGCUCUGAAAGCGGCCGGAUCGAUUGUGAGGCUCUAUGUGCGCAGGAGGAGACCAAUGCUGGAAACCGUCACCGAAAUCAAACUCGUAAAAGGACCAAAAGGGCUCGGCUUCAGUAUUGCUGGCGGUCUGGGAAACCAACACAUCCCGGGUGAUAACAGCAUUUAUGUCACUAAAAUCAUUGAUGGGGGAGCUGCACAGAAGGAUGGACGGUUACAAGUUGGAGACAGACUGCUCAUGGUGAAUAACUACACUCUAGAAGAGGUGACCCAUGAAGAAGCAGUGGCCAUAUUGAAGAACACGUCAGAUGUAGUAUACCUAAAGGUUGGGAAAACCACUAAUGUCUAUCUCUCAGACCCCUAUGGGCCGCCGGAUAUCACACACUCAUUCUCACCCGCUAUGGAAAAUCAUAUAUCUUCCCCUGGUAAUAACGGCACUCUGGAAUAUAAAUCCAGUCUUCCGCCCAUCUCCCCUGGCCGAUAUUCCCCCCUGCCCAAGCACUUGCUGGGGGAAGAGGACAUUAACAGGUUGGAUGGUUUUUCCUUCCUACGAAAUUCCUCGUUAGAUGAGAUGGAAGGUCACAGGUUUGAUUCCCAGCACUUCCAGUUGAGGCCUCCAGAGCCAGUUUACAGCACUGUGAACAAACUGAGUGACCGCGCCCCCUCUCCCCAUCUCUACUCCCCAGUGGAGUUUGAUAAAAGCCCCAUGCACUCAAUCCCCCACUUUCCUCACUAUCACGCAGGCCUGCUCCCUGACUCCGAGAUCUCCAGGGAGCCCAGGAAGAUCGUUCUGCACAAGGGCUCGACUGGACUGGGCUUCAACAUCGUAGGAGGAGAAGAUGGAGAAGGCAUUUUCGUCUCCUUCAUACUUGCAGGAGGGCCCGCAGACCUCAGCGGAGAGCUGCGGAGAGGAGACCAGAUCCUAUCCGUUAAUGGAAUCGAUCUGCGAGGUGCCACUCAUGAACAAGCUGCAGCUGCCCUGAAAGGAGCGGGCCAGACGGUAACCAUCAUCGCCCAAUACCGGCCCGAGGAACUUGCCCUGUGCUCCCCACGCCGGGCCCCGCCACCAACUGCAGAAUACGGGCGUUUCGAGGCCAAGAUUCAUGACUUACGAGAGCAGAUGAUGAACCACAGCAUGAGUUCUGGAUCGGGAUCCCUCAGAACCAAUCAAAAACGCUCGCUCUAUGUCAGGGCUCUGUUUGACUAUGAGAGGGCAAAGGAUAGUGGGCUGCCCAGCCAGGGUCUCAGUUUCCGAUAUGGAGACAUCCUCCAUGUUAUCAAUGCAUCUGAUGAUGAAUGGUGGCAAGCCAGGAGAGUGACGCCCGAAGGGGACAGUGAGGAGAUGGGCGUCAUCCCCAGCAAGAGGAGGGUGGAGAGAAAAGAGAGAGCCCGUCUGAAGACGGUAAAAUUCAACGCAAAACCCGGUAGCCUCGAUUCUAAAGGGUCAUUCAGUGAAAAACGUAGAAAGAACUUCAUCUUUUCACGCAAGUUCCCUUUCUACAAGAACAAGGACGCAGACGAGCAAGACGGCAGUGACUCAGAACGGAGUCAAGAGGAACUGAUCCUCUCAUAUGAGCCCGUCAUCAGACAAGAGAUUAAUUACGUUAGACCAGUAAUAAUCUUGGGGCCCAUGAAGGAUAGAAUCAACGAUGACCUCAUUUCCGAGUUCCCUGACAAGUUUGGAUCAUGUGUGCCACCGGCUAACAGUUCUGAUCAAGAAGAUACUACCAGAUCAAAGCGAGAUUAUGAAGUGGAUGGGAGAGAUUAUCACUUUGUGUCCUCGCGAGAGCAGAUGGAGAAAGACAUCCAAGAGCACAAGUUCAUCGAGGCUGGACAGUACAAUGAAAAUCUGUAUGGAACCAGUGUACAAUCUGUCAAAUACGUGGCUGAGAGGGGAAAACACUGCAUACUUGACGUGUCUGGGAAUGCGAUAAAACGACUACAAGUAGCACAACUCUACCCCAUUGCCAUCUUUAUAAAGCCUAGAUCCAUUGAGUCCUUAAUGGAGAUGAAUAAGAGGUUGACGGAGGAACAGGCCAAAAAGACGUACGACCGUGCCAUGAAACUGGAGCAGGAGUUUGGCGAGUAUUUCUCAGCGCUGGUUCAAGGAGAGACGCUAGAGGACAUUUAUAGCCAGUGUAAGAUGGUGAUAGAGGAACAGUCUGGACCUUACAUCUGGAUUCCCUCAAAAGAAAAACUAUAAUAAAAAAAAACACAUUACCCUGGCAGGGACCUUGGACUGGAGAAAAAAAACACACACAUAGAAAUAAUUUGUAAUAUUAUAUAAAUUAUUAUUAAGGCAAUGUUUAUUGUUAACUCUUAAAGUGAUUUUUUUUUUCAGUUUGUUUGUUUGUUUUACAUUGCAUUUUUCACUUUCAAUAUGAAUGUUCCUGAAUGUACACCACGAAGUGUUAGAAUCAUUUUUAGUCUCAACAAAAAAAGUGAACUCUUUGUUUGUAUAUUUAUUGGUUAGCAUUUUAAUUUAACAAAGAAAAAGAAAACAAAUUUAGCUCCGAGUAUUCUUCUUCAAACAAUCUUCGGUUGGGAUUCCGAACAAAAGGUCAAAGAAGUAGGUCAGAUCAUCACGGAUGAUUUCCACACCCCAUCACCACCUCCAAGAAGAAAGAAAAUCAGGCUUUUCUUCACUUUUCACCCAAUCGGUUGGUUUCACACAUCUUUCAGACUCAUUUCACAAACUCUCUAGCGUCUAUGCACUCCUGUGGCUAAGAACACGCACAUUGAUUGUGUUGCUUUUUGUUGUAUUAUUUUGUUAAUUUUGUUUUGUACAGACAUCCAUUUUGUUGAAAGAUUUAGUUCCAAUUGUACAUUAUUUCUAUUGGAUCCUUUCAGAAAGGUAUCUUGUAUUUUUAAGAUGCUUUAGUUAGUGUAAAUGGAUAAGGGGAUUCAACUAGCUAUAGGAAAUAUGACAGUAUAUUUUGCUAUUUAUAUUGAUAGAGGCCACAACAGCACAGAAAAUAUUUAUGAAGAUGGUAUAUAACUUUGUCUAAAAAUCAUUUUGGAAAGGAGAUUUUACUCGUACUGUUGUAUCACAUUGUGUCGUCGCUGUUGUGUUGGUGAGAAUGAAAGGUAAUGACUGCAUGAUUCCGACCAGUUCUGGAAUCCGCUAAUUCUAAUCUGACAAGAGUUCUGAAAUUCUCGGAAACUCAACUUUAAUUGGCUGAGGAUUCUACUGAAUGUGAAUUAGAUAACAGGAAGGAGCCUGAUAUUUGUGAAUCAUUUGUUGAAGAUUUGUUUGGCCUCCCUUGAGCACCCUCUAAAGUGUUUACAGUACCUCAGCUACAGUUUAGAGAUAAAUGAGGGCCAAAGGGACAAGGUCUGCAAGAGGUCCUGCUCCUCCAUAAAUGUAGUUGAUCAUUUUAAUUUAUUUGUAUUUAUUUAUUUUUUCAUUUUGGCAUGCUUUACACUUAUGAACAUGACCUUGGCUUCCUGUCCACACAUUCAUGCUGCAUACUUACGUCAUUUGUGCCCUUUACAUGUAUAGUUGAGAGAUAUUCCCCUCCUUUUACAUUAAUUGUAAAGCUCUCGCCAUUUGUUGAAACUACAAAUGCCAAAAGCCAUUAACUCUGCUCACUUGUUUCAAAUGCAGGGGGAAUUAUUUGUUGCAAUAUUUAUUGGGAGUUGAUACAGCACGGUUCUGUGGCAAGAGUCUUUUGACCUACUGGUCACCACUUGCCUUAAAAAAAGGGAAGAGGCUUUUCGGGCUAGAUAGACAUUUUUUACGCUUUCUUGAAGACUGAGCACUUUUGUAUAUUUGAGAAAAUUAUUCACAGAUUGUGUUCAACCAGAUGGUGGACACAGAGGGGGAUUUUCAGAAGAGAGAAACUGAAUAUCACAGUGAAGCUCUCAAUGGUGUAAUAUGAAAUUUAUUUGAUAGAUAAUGUAUAUGUUAUUAUGACAGUGUAAACCAUGGAUGGCAACAGUGUCUAUCAGAAUAUAAAUUUAACAUUUUAAAUGCUGUGAAAUUAUUUUUUCUCCUCUAAAUGUGUAGUUUUUUUUCUCCUUAUUCAAUGUGAUUGUGAUUGUUCAUCUGCAUAUCAUUUUAUAAAUUUGGUAAUGCACACAAUGUGUCAUGAAAGCAUCUCACAGGAUUUGGGGUACCCUUUUUGUUAGAAAUACAUUUAACUCUCAAAUAAAAAGUGAAUCUCAAAUGAUGCUGUAGCUUUAGUGAAAAUCAAAACCCUGCAGUUUAUACACACUUGAAUGAGGGUCUCCGAGCCUUAUGGUGCUCAUAGUCUGAUUCGGUCCAUUAAUUCCAAGUGAAUGUUCAGCUUAGUCAAACGUGCUGAUAUGGGGUUGUUUUUGUCUCAGGGUUGCCAGAUAGGGCUUAAUCACUGAUAUUAAACCUUCGAAUCAGAGUGCAUCUGUUUACCACACAAAUCUUUUAUUCUUGAUACCUGAAUUGCAUUCAGUCUACUCCUUUGUUUUGGAGUGUCUGUGUCCGGUGAGUUCGCUUUGUGAUUUAUUUAUCCCCAAACAAGCGAUGCAAAUUAUUUUCAACACAUUGCUUUCUUUUUUUUUUUAAAUCCCAAAUUAUAUGUGCAAUUUUGUAUAUAAAUAUCUGUUUACACUUAUUGUAGUUGUUUAGGAGAUCUUUAAUUAACACUGACCCCCAAACCUCUGUUUUUUUUUUUUUUUUUGAGAGAUUAAAGUUAAAUUAUUAAACACUUACAUCCCCCUUCUGUUUGUAAGUAUCAUUUCCCAGCAUUCCAUGGGUGUAACAAAUUAAGCACACUUAGAAAAAGUGAGACUGUACCGUUAACAAUUGUUACAAAUUUGUUACUUCAGUCUUUUUCUUUUGGCUUUUCUGGAGGAAAAACAAAGAAAGGAACAUAUUCUUUGCAUCCUGUGGCAGUAGGCCUAUGUAUCCCUGGUUGCUUUGAGGAAUCCAAAUAAAGACAUUGCUUUAGUUAUACAUGAAGGUACUCACCUUCAAAAA